AUGAAAUUAGGAUAUAAUGAAAUAAUGAUAACAUCAAUGUACUUUAAUGAUAUUAAUGAUUUUAUUAAUUUAGAAUUAGGUGUUAAAAGAUUUCAAGGAAAUAUGGAACGAUUUCAUUUUAAUCCAAUUCCAUUAAAUGAACAUUCAAGAAAGUUGUUUCCUAAUAUUGAAACAUUUCAUAUUUAUAGUAAAAAUGAUGAAAUAUUUAAUGAUGGAAAAAUAUUUAAAAAAGUGAUGUGGUGUACAGUAGAUUAUUCAACAUAUUUAAAAGAAAAAGAACAAGGAAAUUCAUGUAAAAAUAUAGAAUAUACAUAUAAAGACAGAAAUAAAUAUGGAAAUAUAAUACCACAAGAAGUUAAAUCACUUGGAAAUGAAUGUUUUUAUGAAUGUUCAUCAUUAACAUCAAUUAAUAUACCAUCAUCAAUUAGUAAAUUAGGGGAUUUGUGUUUUAGAAAAUGUUCAUUAACAACAAUUAAUGUACCAACAACAGUUAGUGUAUUAGGAAAUGAAUGCUUUUGUGAGUGUUCAUCAUUAACGUCAGUUACUAUACCAACAACAAUUAGUAAAUUAGGAGAUGAGUGUUUUAGUGGUUGUUCGUCAUUAACAUCUGUCACUAUUCCAACAACAGUCAGUGAAUUGGGACGCUGUUGUUUUGAUGAAUGUACAUCAUUGACAAGUAUAGUCCUUGAAAAUAUACAGUUUAUCAGCGAAGAAAGAAUAUUUAUGAAUAAACCAGUGCUAAUUAGUUUUAAAAUACCAAAAAACUUACAAAAAAUCAAUGGAGAGAAUAUCGAAAAGAAAGAUAUCAACGAAUUUAUUAUUCCAACUACAAUCACUAAAUUAGGUGAUUGGUGUUUUAGUGGUUGUUUGUCACUAACGUCUGUUGAUAUACCAACUACAAUAAGUGAAUUAGGUGGUUGUUGUUUUUGUGUAUGUCCAUCAUUAACAUCAAUUAAUAUACCAACAACAAUUAAGGAGUUUGGGUAUUGGUGUUUUUAUAAAUGUUAUUCAUUAACAUCAAUUUCUAUACCACCAUCUGUUAAUAAAAUAGGAAAAGGAAGUUUUAGUUUGUGUGAGUCAUUAACAUCAAUCAAUAUUCCAUCAUCAAUUACGUCAUUUGAAAAUAGACAGUUUGAUGGAUCUUAUUUGUUAAGACGUCUUGAAAUAGAAAAUCUACAAUUCAUCAGUAAAGAAAGAAUAUUUAUGAACGAACCAAUACUAUUUAGUAUUGAAAUACCACUUAACCUUAAAACAAUAAAUGGAAAGAGUAUUGAAAAGAAAGAUAUAAAUGAAUUUAUUAUUCCAACUACAAUAAGUGAAAUAGAUGAUUGGUGUUUUUAUAAAUGUAAUUCAUUAAAAUCAAUCAAUAUACCAACAACAAUCAGCAAAUUAGGAAAUCACUGUUUUAGUGAAUGCUCAUCAUUAAGUGAAGUUAUAUUACCAACAUCAAUUAUUAAAUUAGGAAAUUAUUGUUUUAAUAAUUGUUCAUCAUUAACAUCAAUUAACAUACCAUCAUCAAUUACAUUAUUUGGAGAAUGUUGUUUUUAUGGCUGUGGAUGUACAGAAGAGUUAAAGAAGAAUAAAACAAUACCGAGAGGAUCUUUUGAACACACACAAUGA